UCAAAUCGGGUAUAUACUGCUUUAGCUGACACCUCGCAUGUCUCCUCGUUAGUAUAGUGGCCAGUAUCCCCGCCUGUCACGCGGGAGACCGGGGUUCGAUUCCCCGACGGGAAGUGUUUCUUUUUUCCUUCUUGUUUGCGAGCGCACUCGACGAUCCCCCCGAGUAGCUGUCUAUUUUUUCCCACUUGUGGGCAUGACUGCGCCAACAAUUUUGCGUUUUUGUUUUUCAAAUCGUGUAUAUACUGCUUUAGCUGACACCUCGCAUGUCUCCUCGUUAGUAUAGAUUCCACUUCCGGCCACCGCCGUGAACGGUCGAGGAAUGUUUCGCUCCUCUGGGGCGGUGUCAGCGGCUAUGUCUAGCCGUGGAAACCGGAAUGCAGCCAGUGCCAACCAGGAUUAUGAAAUUAUUUUACCUGCUCUACCAACCGGUCGUAUUGUUUUAAACACUGUAUUUCUUCAUGCGGAUGUUCGUGGAAGGCCCUACCGUGUCGAAGAUAUUCGUGAUGCACUGGGUGCUCUGGCAAUGCUCCCUGGCGUUGAAGCGUUAGGGGCAUACCAAAUGAACCAUGUGUGGGCGGUCACGCUGAAGACUACGGAGGCUAAGAAUAGGUUGCUUUCUGCAACUGAAGUGACCGUGAAGGAGCGCCGUUGUCUCGUCGUAGAUCCAAACAACCAAGAUGUUCGACUAAAGCUGCAUUGGGUCCUUCACUAUGUGGACGACGAGGACAUACGGACCGCGUUUGCACCCUACGGAAAAGUCACCGAAGUCGCAAGAGAGCGAUGGCGAACGGAAGGGUUGUCGGACAAAGGCUCUACUACGCGUAUUAUCAGUCUUCAGCUCAAGGCAGGCUACACGAAGGAAGACAUCCCACAUCAACUACGAGUGGCAGGUGACCUGACAUUGGUCGUGGUGGCUGGAAGAGCUCCACUCUGCCUAAGGUGUAAAGGGACUGGCCACAUACGACGCGAAUGUCGUGUUCCUCGGUGCGCGUUAUGCAGACGUUUUGGCCACGCUGAGGAAGAGUGCGUGAAGACUUAUGCGAAGGUCACAGGCCGAUCUGCGUGGGACGACAACGCAGAGCUACAAAUGGACGAAUCGGAAGCUGAGGAUGUUUCUACCAGCAAGACCAGAGAACCCGAACAAGAGGAAACGCCCCCUUCGUCGCAUUCACCCAACGUUAACAAAGAGGAAGAGGAUAAAGGUGAGCAAGUUGUACAACCUGCGCUGCCUCCCACGACGAAUACCAGCGCGUCCAACAGUUCAGGGAAAAAAAAACCACCAAGAGUCAGUCAAUGCCUCUAG